AGGAGGAACCAUCCUGAGGUAACCGGGGAAGGCGGCGGCCGCCCUGUUUGGGCAGCUUCCCUUCGGCUCCCAGCAGCAGCAGCAGCAGCAGCCGCCGCCUCUUCCUCCACCUCCUGCCCCGGCCUCUCGCGCCCGUGAGGCGGCCGCGGCUCCCGCGCGCCAUUGAGGCCUCGCCGGCAGCAGGGCCCGCUCUCCCCUCGGCGGGGCCCGGCGUUUGGCUUCCUCGGCGGCCGCUACGGGGCGUGCUCGGCGGCCAGGGAGCAUGCUCAGAGGACGGGCGCCGGCGGGCUGGGGAGGCCGGCCGCGGAAGGAAGCGGCGCCCGUAGCCCGCCGGUAAACAACUUCCUCCGGCGGCGGCGGCGGCGCUGCUCCCGGGCUCCUUCAUGGAGCGAAGGGGCAGCUCCAAGGGCGACCUGCACCCCCGCGGCUCCAGGGGGCCCGUGCUGCACAUCGCGGUGGUCGGCUUCCACCACAAGAAGGGCUGCCAGGUUGAGUUCUCCUACCCUCCCCUAAUCCCAGGAGAAGGCCACGACAGUCACAGUUUGCCAGAGGAAUGGAAAUACUUGCCUUUCCUAGCAUUGCCGGAUGGGGCUCACAACUAUCAAGAAGACACUGUGUUUUUUCACUUGCCACCAAGAAGCGGAGAUCGAAGUACAGUGUAUGGUGUCUCAUGCUACAGGCAGAUUGAAGCUAAGGCCUUGAAAGUACGGCAAGCAGAUAUUACCCGAGAAACAGUACAGAAAAGUGUCUGUGUUCUAAGUCAGCUGCCUCUGUAUGGGCUACUCCAGGCUAAGCUGCAGCUAAUUACACAUGCCUACUUUGAAGAAAAAGACUUCUCACAAAUUUCAAUACUUAAGGAACUUUAUGAGCAUAUGAAUAGCUCGCUGGGAGGAAGCCCCCUGGAAGGAUCACAAGUUUAUCUCGGCCUGUCUCCACGAGAUCUUGUCCUUCAGUUUAGACACAAGGUCUUAAUACUUUUUAAGCUGAUUCUCCUAGAGAAAAAGGUUCUGUUUUAUAUCUCUCCAGUGAAUAGGCUGGUGGGAGCCCUAAUGACAGUCUUAUCACUCUUUCCUGGUAUGAUAGAGCAUGGUCUCACUGACUGUUCACAGUACCGGCCAAGGAAGAGUGUUUCAGAGGAUGUCGGCCAGCAGGAAGUCCCACCUCCUACAGAUUAUUAUGUUUCCUUGUCCACUGUGGCGCUUUCAAACGAAAACGUGGAAACAGAUGCAGAAGGCCCAACGUUGUCCGGAAACCAAGAACGGAACACUGAGAAAGUAGAUGUACCUUUAUUUCAGACCGAGGACAAUCUCAACGGAGCACGCGUCUCCAGGGAGAAUGGGCAGCAUUUGAAACCUCCUUCACGCACUUCUCCAGAAUCAUCUGAAAGUGACUGGGAAACCCUGGAUCCUAAUAUCCUGGAGGACCCCAGCUUGAAAGAAGGAGAAGGUGAAAUCACUGCAGUAGCAGCACAGACUGAAAUUCUUCCAAAGGAACCUGCAGUUUCUGAAAGCAUUCCCAUUACUGUGCAGCCUCAACCUAACACAGGGCACGCCGUCUUUGUUCCUGGCCUUAUAUCUGGUUUGGAAGAGGACCAGUAUGGCAUGCCGUUAGCUGUUUUCACUAAGGGAUACCUUUGCUUGCCAUACAUGGCGCUGCAACAACAUCACCUCCUGUCUGAUAUAACCAUUCGUGGGUUUGUUGCAGGAGCCACCAACAUCCUUUUCCGUCAGCAAAAGCAUCUAAGUGAUGCUAUUGUAGAGAUUGAGGAAGCUCUGGUUCAAGUCCAUGAUCCAGAGCUCAGGAAGGUUCUGAAUCCCACAACAGCUGACUUGAGGUUUGCAGACUUCUUGGUAAAGCACGUAACUGAGAACCGGGACGAUGUCUUCCUAGACGGCACUGGCUGGGAAGGAGGAGAUGAGUGGAUUCGAGCCCAGUUUGGCUCAUAUCUCCAUGCGCUGCUCGCUGCUACUCUGCAGCCAGACAGUGAAAAAAUAUUAUCAGACUUUGGAACAACCUUUGUAGCAGCUUGGAAGAAUACACACAAUUACAGAGUGUGGAACAGCAAUAAACACCCAGCUCUCGCAGAGGUAAAUCCCAGUCACCCGUUCCAAGGCCAAUACUCGGUUUCAGAUGUGAAAUUAAGAUUGUCACACUCUGUACAGAAUAGUGAACGGGGCAAGAAGAUUGGAAACGCCAUGGUUACAACGAGCCGGAACGUUGUACAGACAGGAAGAGCCGUAGGUCAGUCAGUCGGAGGAGCUCUCACGAGUGCAAAAUCAGCCAUGUCCUCAUGGCUUUCUACUUUCACCCAGUCAACACAAAGCCUUGGGGAAUAACUGUUCUGCAGCGGACCAAGCCCUUACAUUCAUUUUGAGAAAGAGACCUGUGGUUCUGCUUUAAAAAACACACCUAUGAAUUCGAGCAGCAUGAGGAUGAAGGAAUGGCCUUUAAAGCUGCAUCGCAGGAUGUCAUUGCAGUUUGCAUUAAUGCCUCUUUUUAAAAAUCUGAGCCUUUGUAACAACAGUAACAUACAAGUCUUGUUGUAAGACGGGCUUUAUUUUUCAUUGUGUGCUGUUCUUUGGAUGUUGAUAAUGAUUUAUGUAAAUUUUGUUGUAUUAACUCCAGCUGUCUAGACUUUUUCUUGAAAAGAAGAAAGAGUGGGGCUGACUAGGUUUGGAACAGAAAACUGACCUCUCACUUCCACCCUCCCAUACCAAAUGCAGAAGUAAGAUCUUUUCAUUUCAGUGGAAACCAACUUGUGCAAAGGAUUGCAGCCUAACGUUGCAACCUUUUGCACCUGCGGGUGGAACGAAAUGAAACAAAUACAGAUUAAAUGAGACGUUCACACCCAGUUUAACACUUAAAAUGCCUAAAUGACAGCUGAUCUGAACAGCUGUUGGCAGUUUUGCACCAGCUCAUUUCAACUUUCAGAAAUCUAGCUGCUAGCACUUAGGUUUGAAAGAGUUUGUUUUUAAAGGUCAUGGAUAAAAUGGAAGAUACUGACUAAAAUACACAGGUUUACCAUAUUUUUGUUACCUCUUUGGAAUUAACACCCAAGAUACCUCUUAGCAGAAAAACAACUCUUGCUCAGUAACUGCAAUUUCCUCGUUUUCAAGUUGUGUGUGUGAAUUUAGCUUUCAUCUUUCACGUUCCCAUUUGCUUGUGUUGUAUCCAACAGUGGCUGUUCGAAAACUUUCACUAGUGAAUACCUAUAACCAAAUACCUACCUCUCUGGCACAGUUAAGACUCCAAAUGCAAGAGUCGGAAGUGCUUUUCCCCUUUCCUAGCUGCUUUUAGGGUUUCUAAUUUAAUGUGUAGGUUAGCAGACAUUUGAGAAAUGACUGUAACGAGAUAUUACUUGGCUUUCUGCCAGCGAGUUUUAUGGAUUGCAAUAUAGGCAGCCGUGAGAUUGCCUUGGACUUUAAGUAAAGUAAUUCAUCUUAGUGUAGGACAUUACAAUAUGAAUGAUUUACCAAAAUACAGAAUUCCAGGGCUUCCCUUAAAUCAUAUUUUUGCUUACAACUGCCAGUUCAAGUCUGCUCCCCUUUCCUUCUUGGUUUUCUUCUCCAAACUGCAAUGAUUUAAAUGGAUGUGGAGUAUAAAGUGUUAAUUCAGGCGUACUGUAGCUAGACUGCUUUACUUCAUAUCCUUUUAGGGAACGGAAUAUUUAUUAAUGAUGUAACAUUCUGCACCAAAGUUGUCACAGCAUACCCCAACCAGAAUUCCUGUAUUCUGGCCACAUCUCAAAAAACCCAGUUUUCAGAGAUGGCUAUGGUUGCAUUUCAAGAAAGAUUUUCAUAUAAGCAGUUUGGGUUAUUUCACCCAACUUUCCUGUAGAUUAACUUCCCAAGAGAGAAGCAUGUAUACCACUGUGUGCAGCUGUUUUCACACCUGUUCCACAUACGCAUUAUGAAAAUUAAUGACCAAUUGUGGACUGCAACCAGUACACUGGUGUAAUUUUCACACACCUGUGUAUUUUUCAUAGGUACUGUACAAGGGAGGUUGUUAUGAAGUGGCAGGUGCCCUGCUAUAAUCCAUGUAUAUAGUACUGAUUGCAAGACACAUCUUAUGCUUUCAAGCUUACUCAGAUAUCUGAAAUAAUAUAGCCAGCAUAAAAAACCCUUGUAUGUUUUCUUCUACACUACUUUGCUCGAAUGAAUGAGCCCAUAAAUUAGAGUUAUAGUUUUCUAACCACAGAAGUUGACUGUGCUGCUAAAGAAAACAUUUUACAAGGAUGCUGUGGCUUGGAGAUGUUACCCUUUUAUUGAAAGUACAGAACUAGGCAUGCCAUGACAGUCAUUACACUGCAGGCAAGCUGACACAGCUUGUAAACAGACUUUUUUUUCUUGGGAGUUCCUUGGUUGGAAUUGUUACAUCCAGUUGUUGGUUUUCAUCCUUCCCUAAAGGGAGCACAAAUUAGGAGGCAUCCGACUAACACCUUUUGCCAAUUAAUCCACAGGCACCCUAACGAGGGAUCAGCAAAAUCCUUAGGGACAAGAUGGUAUGAAAAGCUGGUGAUUCUUUUAAAAUGUCUUCUCUUCUUUAGCGAGCGCUCGUAGUACAUGACAAUACGCUGUAUAAGUGUUUAUAGUAGCCAUCAUCUUGGAGUGACCAAUUUAUAAUUAUAAUUUUGCUACAGGGGAAAAUUUGGCAGUAGUUAAUUGUACAAGUCAAAUGCAGGAAUAAACUGUAAAACCUAUUGAAAAUGAUUGCUGUGUGUACUGCAGUAGUUACAAUCACAUAAUUUGGAUUCAGCAGGUAGUCUUAAUAUACACUGAAAAAACCGGCAUAAGCACAUAGUGUAUUACAAAUGUGUGGGGUCACAUACAUAUCUUUGCAAAAGGGUAUUGAAAGACUAAAUUAGAUGGAGGUCUGUAAGGGAAAAUAAUUCAAAUUUAAUAUGAAUAGCAUGUUUUCUAGCCACUGAUUUCAGUUUUGAGGUUUGAGUUUAAUUUAUUCUGGAAAACGUAAAAAGCAGUGCUGCUUGUAUUAUUGAAACAUCACAUGUUGCGCAUUGAAGCACUCUUGCUUGAAGCUCUUCACAUCAGGAAAGCACCAGCUAAAAUGCAAGCACUGUCAUUUACUCUAGUAUUGUAGUGACAAUUCUAGUGACUUAAGCCUUGCUGUUCCUAUAAUGCAGAGGUAGUCAAUGUGGUACCCUCCAGAUGUUGUUGGAUUCACAUUAGUAUCAGCCAGCAUGGCUAGUAGGAAUGGUUAUGAGCUCAGUAUCAUCUAGGGCACACUCAUUGGCUACCCCUAUUUUCAGUUGCAUUCUUUAAGGGCCAGUUAGUACCGCAUGCAAAUUCUACCCGUAAUAGGGCACACGAUGUUGAUGUGAUCUAAAGCCAAAUUACGAACGUGAAGUGCUUCAAAUUCAAAUAAUACAUGUGCUGUUCUAUAGAAAAUGGCAAGAGCGUGUUAAAGUAAAAAAAAAAAAAAACCCUUCCAAAUGUAAAAGCAUUGCCCAGCCCAAAGGAACACCCCCACCCCGAGUUAUAUCUAACAGUAUGAUCUUAAUACUUGCUCCACAAGCAAGUAAAUGUUCAGGAUGCAACACCUUGACUGGUGCCAACAUACUGCAUAGUACAGUGCUUUAUGGCUACUGAAAGAGUAUUAUGCUGGUGUUUGAACAUUUUGUCCCACACAAGUGUUUAGAAUCAGGCCGCUAACUUGGUAUUUUGUAAGGCUGUUUUAUGUGCUGGUGCUCCCUAUUACAAACGUAUAUAUUUGCAUCAUGCACAGUAGAGAAACUGAUUUUUAUAUUUUUUUAAAUGUUACAAGUAUUUGGAAAUGUGUAUCAUAUUACAGUAUGAAAUAGACUAGAAAUACCUCUAUUCCAGUUUCUAUAUACCACUUAACAAAUUAAUAUCAAUCAUUCAAGGCUGGUUUUGAGACAUAAACCUGAAAUCAGUUAUCUAAUCAUGGUUUAAGUGAAAUGAAACCUAAGUUUAUUUCCAUAUGGUUUUUACUGCUACCAGCCUGUUGGAAGAGGAGGGUUGGUAAAUAUUAGGUAUUUCAUCUAUCAUCAAUGUGUAAAAAAUAGGUUACUAUGUUCAAAAGACUAUUAAUGCUUCUGCUGUAUAUUUUGUUCUAAAGAAAAUAAAGAUUGUUCUUGUUUUGCUUGAAUGUAA